AUGGUGGCUGAAUUGAGUUCACUGCAGCACGGCAUCCUCCGCGGUCGACCCAGCAAACCCCAGACCUUCACGAUCGAGUCAAGUGAGUUCUACAGCCUUCUUCGUGGUCUGGCAGAUCCUGGCUCCGGUACCUUGCUGGAGAAAAUCGAACACUUUAUUAAUGGCAUUACACAGGAUGGCUUCGCCGAUGUAUUGACCGAAAACGCGACAUUAGUGAGAGAAACCACAGCUCUCAAAGGCAGGGUCCAAGAAUUAGAGGAAACGCAGGAGAACAUGAAGGCUCGUUUAGAUGAACUGUGCAAGGAAAAGCAGGUUUCUACCAUUCAGGACAAUCCAGUGCGCAAGAGACGGCAAUGCCUCGGUGACGCUCGUUGA